AUGGCCCGCCCUGAUCCUCAACAUGAAAUAUGGGACAAACACCUUCACCCACACUUACGUCUCUUACUUCCUUCUUCAACACCUCCUAUCCACCUCGAAGCUCGAUUAUAUCUCCCUUUGCCGCUCCCUCCCUCCCUCACUCCGCAUAUCAACGUACUGGGUGAAUACUCGACGGUCCCGAAGAAGCUUGAAGAUCUCGAUGUGGGACUGAGAGAAGGGUUGAAAGAUAUGGGAGUGGAGAGAGUGGUAGUUGCCAGUCAUCCUUGGGGCAGGUUGGGUGGAAGCAUGUUGGAUCCCGUCAUCACGUCCCAUCUCAUAACAUCCAUAUAUCACCCCUACCAUUCCCAUACCACCGACCCAUCAACUAUCGAAGGAUCCGUCCCCGACCCGAAAUUUCUCAAUCCGUCCGGAGCGACUACUCCCUCACCGGCUGAAUUGUGCGGUAGAACCGCAGUGAUCACCUACAACGUAAGAGGGGUAGGGCUUAGUGGUGGAAGUCAACCGUGGUUGGGUACGGGACAUGAUCCGGAUGACUUAGCGGAGAUUGAGAAGAUUGGAGUGGGGCUUUUGGGUGAUAGUGUGAAAGAGGUGUUUAGAUUUGGGUACUCCUGGGGAUGUCUCCUCACCAUCCUCGCCCCCUUCCCCACCUCCCACUCUUUACCCUUGACCAAAACCCUCCUCGUCUCACCUGCUCUAACAGCUUUCAAAGGUAUAACCUUACUCUCAUCUAAGAAAUUCCCUGCCGCGCUAAAGGAACAUCAGCGACACCUGAACGACCGACCCAUAUGGAUGGUAUGGGGCAACAAAGACGAAUUCACUGGAUCGAGCACGUAUACUCACUUCGCCGAUGACAUGGGCAAAGAGGUGAUCAGGGGGAUAGAAGUAGAGGAUGCGGAACAUCUCUGGAGGAGGGAUGAGGGUGAGAAAUUGAGGGAGAUCAUCAGGAAUUGGUUAGAUAGUUAG